AGUUGAUAAACUGAGACGUUUGGAGAGCCGAGAAACCACAACAUGGUUAUCUAAAGAUCUCAGAAUUCCUGAUCAUAGAACAAUGGAAAGUUGUGAUCCCCAUAAGGCAGUGACCUAUGAUGAUGUGCACAUCAACUUCACCCGGGAAGAGUGGGAUUUGCUGAAUCUUUCCCAGAAGAAUCUCUAUAAGGAUGUAAUGCUGGAAACCUACAAGAACCUCAUUUCUAUAGGAUACAUUGGGGAAGACCAUAACACUGAAGAACAUUGGCAAUGUUCUAGAAGACAUGCAAGGCAUAAAAGAACACAUACUGGAGAGAAACGCUAUGAGUGUAAUCAGUGUGGUAAGGCCUUUGCAUGUCACAGUCAUCUUCAAGUGCAUAAAAGGAUACAUACUGGAGAGAAACCCUAUGAAUGUAAUCACUGUGGUAAGACCUUUGCACGUCAUAGUCAUCUUCAAUUGCAUAAAAGAACACAUACUGGAGAGAAACCCUAUGAAUGUAAUCACUGUGGUAAGACCUUUGCACGUCACAGUGAUCUUCAAAAGCAUAAAAGAACACAUACUGGAGAAAAACCUUAUCGAUGUAAUCAAUGUGGUAAAGCCUUUGUCCAGCACAGUCAUCUUCAAAGGCAUAAAAGAACACAUACUGGAGAGAAACCAUAUGAAUGUAAUCAGUGUGGUAAGGCCUUUACACGACUCAGUCAUCUUCAUUUGCAUAAGAAAACACAUACUGGAGAGAAACCCUAUGAAUGUAAUCUGUGUGGUAAGGCCUUUGCAGCUCAGAGAAAUCUUCAAAAGCAUAAAAGAACACAUACUAAAGAGAAACCCUAUGCAUGUAGUCAGUGUGGCAAGGCCUUUGCAUGUCACAGUCUUCUUCAAGUGCAUAAAAGAAAACAUACUGGAGAAAAACCCUAUGAAUGUAAUCAGUGUGGUAAGGCCUUUGCUGAAAACAGUACUCUUCAAAAGCAUGAAAGAACACAUACUGGAGAAAAACCUUAUGAAUGUAAGCAGUGUGGUAAGGCCUUUGCACAUCAUAGUCAACUUCAAGUGCAUAAAACAACACAUACUGGAGAGAAACCCUAUGAAUGUAAUCAGUGUGGUAAGGCCUUUGCAGCUCAGAGUAAUCUUCAAUUCCAUAAAAAAACACAUACUGGAGAGAAACACUAUGAAUGUAGUUUGUGUGGUAAGGCUUUUGCAUGUCACAGUCAUCUUCAAUUGCAUAAAAGAAAACAUACUGGAGAGAAAGAAACCCUAUGAACGUUAUUAGUGUAAAAAGGCCUUUGCACGUCAUGGGAGUCUUCAAUUACAUAGAACACAUACAAGAUAGAAAAACUAUGAAUGUAAUCAAUGUGGUAAGGCCAUUACAAGUCUCAGUCUUCUUAAAUUGCAUAAAAAAACACAUUCUAGUGAGAAACCUUAUUAUCGUAAUCAUUUUGGUAAGGCCUUUGCAAAACACAGUCAUCUUCAAAUGUACAAAGGUCACAGAGUAGAGAGGACCCCUAUGAAUGUAGUCAGUGUGGUUAGGUGUUUGAAGACCACUGUACUCUUCAAAGUUAUAAGAGAUCACACAGUGUGGGAAAACUUUAUGAAUGUAUAUCAGUGGAAGGAAGACUUUUUACAUCUUAUUCAUCUUCAAAUGCAUAAAAGAACACAGACUGGACAGAUAACUGUCAAUGGAAUCUGUGGUAAAUCCUUUGUCACAACCAUCUGUAAAUACAUUAAAUAACUCUUCCUGCAGAGAAACUCUAUGAAUUUAAUGUAUGUAUUCUUCAAAACCAUGAGAAAAAUCAUGCUAUAAUAAAACUCUAUUAGAGAAUUUAGUGUUUUAAUGUUUUGUACUUCAUACAGGAGUAAGACUUUUGUGUGUAAUCAAUCUG